GAAUGCCAAUCAUUGAGUUCAGUUCGUUUGAAAUUUAUAUUUGUUAUUUUUUUAUGUUUUAAUUUAUUAUCAAUAAUUUGCUUUACAAGAAAAUUAAUAAUAUAUUGCGUGAAUUUGUUAAGCUCGAAGUUCUAAAUAAAGUUAAGCAAUAAGCCUAACUAACUAAAUUUAUUAAUUAAUAAACAAAUAAGAAAACUACAGUUAAGUUGUGACUAUAAUACACCAAUCAUUUUUGGUCUGGAAAAUAUCGAGAUCCAAUCUACUUCUAAAAUUUAAAUUAAUAUGUUGGAAAAUACAGACGAAACUUAUUGCUAUUAUAGAAUUGAAGGGCAAAAUAAAAAUUCUAUAAUCAAUUCGUGGUCUAAGAACACUAUCAAAAACUGCUCAGAUUAAACUUUGAGCUAAUCGAGAGCUCGUGCGUCUUCAAUAUGGAGUUUGAAGACAUUGAGAUAGCUGUGCCUUGGGGUCAACUAUCUUGCCGUUGGUAUGGCAAUCGUCAAGUUCGGCCCCUGCUUACCGUUCACGGCCUUCUGGAUAACCUGGGCACCUUUGCCCGCCUCCUGCCUCUGUUGCCCCAGCACUUAGGCGUGCUUUGCAUUGAGCAGCCCGGUCAUGGACGUUCCUCACCUUAUCCGGACGGCAUGCAGUAUUCUCUUGAGGAUUGGGUCAGCGUCAUACGUCGUGUAGUGUUGCAUUUUAAAUGGAAGCGUGUUUCGCUAAUGGGUCACUCAUUAGGCAGCGUCGUCUGUAAUUUAUAUGUUGCCUUACAUCCAGGAGAUCAUGUGGAUAUGCUGAUUGCUAUUGAUAUGCUAAACAUACGCUUGAAGUCAAAUGAGUAUUAUAUCAAAGUAUUGGUCAAGUCGGUGGAGAGCAUGUUAAGGCCACCGCGAGCUGUCCAAUUGCUUACGGCAGAGCAACUGCAAAAAAUGCGCUGGCCAACAGCUCCUUUGGUCAGUGAGGCGGAUGCCCAAGAUCUACUUGAUCGAUGCCUGGUGCCUGCUGCACAAGAAUCCAACAAGUUUUACUUAUCGAGAGAUCUUCGACCUUCACACAUAACUACUUAUACAAUUGAGUAUAAUAUAACUUUAGAGCUGUACAAACGCAUUAAGAAUGUUCCUUACCUGGUGAUCAAGGCGGAUGGCUCGAAUUUGCUGAAUGACGAGAACAUUCCAGUUCUUGACAUCUUGCGCGCUAAUAAUCCCAACUUUGAAUACCAUUUGGCCAAGGGAUCACAUCAUGCACAUAUCGAGAAUCCAGAGCAGUUGGCUGCUUGGAUAGUACCAUUUAUAAACAAGUAUAGACCACCCAGUAGAUGGGAAGAUCCUGGUCAUACAACUAAUAGUAAGCUCUAAAAAUAUCUCGUAAAACUUAAUUCAAAUGUGUGAUUUCCAUUGUAAAUACAAUUUUAACUAAAUAAAUCAAUCAUAUAUUAAUUGC